AUGUCCGCCGUGCAUGACAAAGAGAACAUUGCGGAGGGGCUUUCCGUAGCCUCCCCCGCCAAGUCUGCCGCGCUGUCGCCGAAGAAGUCUGGCGGCCGCAAGACGCGUAGCAAGAGCAUCGGCCCUGGCGGCAUCGAUGUGCCAUUGAAAGAAUCGGGCGGCAAUCGCAGAAAGUCUGCAAUGCCCGCUAUGCCCGUGAAGUCAAUUCUGUCCAGAGAGGACGAGGUUAAGCGGCGGGAGGAGCGUCGCAAGUCCUUGGCCAAGCGACGCGUCUCGUUUGCUCCUGAAGCAACUCUCCACACCUGGGAUGUGAUCGAAUACAUGCGCGAUGCGACCUCAUCGUCUGCCUCCUCGAACUCUACGCGACGCGCGUCGAACGCCACCCAGGAACCCGCGUCGCCAGAGCGUGGCGUCCGCUUCUCCGGACCAGACUCAAACCCCACAGAUCCGCCUUCGACACCUCCGGAGCAGGUUGAAGAAGAUCUCCCCUCCUCAUCGCCCGAGAAGCAACGGGACUUACACCAGCAGAAACGACGUCGCAGCUCGGGAAUUCCCCCGUUGGAUUUCAACAAUCCUGACGAUGUACUUUCAUCCAGCCCCUCCAGCGGAAGUUCGGCUCCUGGAAGCGACGAUGUUGAAAUCGCGUCGGAGGAUGACGAUGAUGAUGGAAGCACAAUGAUGAGCUUGGACACAGGGGACGAACCUACGACGGCAUCUGUCGGCUCAAAUGAUGACUCCACAGGUUCCAGCGCGCGCCUGGAUGCAGCACUCAGGCAAGCUGCAGAACAAGCAGGGACACAACGCUUCCAGUUCGGUGAUGAGAAUGACGAUGGAGAGGCGUCGAUGGAAAUGGCCGGCGAUGAAAUCACAGCCGCUUUCAAGCCAUGGGUCCAGAGGACAACAUUCACAGAGGACAAGGAGAACGUUCAGCCAGACCCGUUUGCAUUCAAGCUUCCGGGACCCGACCAGGACGAUGACAGCGAGGGAGAAGAUAUGAGUAUGGAUAUAACACGUGCCAUCGGAGGAAUCGUUGCUGCGCCCCCGGAAGAAGAGGAGUCAAGCCCGGAGCCAGAGAACGUAACGAUGGAUUUCACAACGGCCGUUGGCAGCAUUCAGACAGGAGAAGCCUCCCAAGAGACGACCCGCGCUGGAACAAAGCGGCGGCGCUCUUCUGUUCUCCAAGCAGCUACCGACGAGCAAGGAAGCCCCGCCAAGCGACAAGCUUCACGCCGCAUGAGCAUUAGGAGGAGGAAAUCGGUAGCGCGAGAUGAAGCUCUUGAGGAUGGCACCAUGGACCUUACAACCGCAAUCGGUGGAAUCAAAUCGUCUCAGGCACAAGAUACGAGCCAUCGACGUGAAAGCGUGAAUUCUUCCUUCGGUGAUGAGACUAUGGACUUCACAAUGGCCAUGGGCAGCAUCAGGAAUGACAACCUGGAUACCCCCGCGGAUGACACAGUAACGACCAAGGGUAACAACGAGGAACUCUCCAUGGAAUUUACGGCAUUUCUAGCCAAGAGCCAGAAUCCGCACCAGGAUACCCCAGCCACUCCGGAAUUUAAGAAGACCGCUGCAGCGACGCCACCGAGCAAGCGUGGAAGUGCCGCGAGGUUCACAAACAACCACCCUGAAGUUCCCAGUCCUUCACCGAUGAAAGUCAGCAAUGCCGUGGUUACGAACACUGAGAGUCCGAUCGCUGCCUUGAAUAUCCACCGGGACACUACACCCAGGAAGUCCCCGAGGAAAUCGCCAAAGAAAUCGCCCAAAAAGACACCCCAGAAAUCUCCACGCCGGUCGCCCCGGAAGAGUACUGGGGCGGUACAGCCGGAUCCUGCAACAACUCCUGAACCGGUGCUUGUUGCAAGCACGCCCCAGCAGCAAACUCCUGAGAAGGCAGUCGAUGCAUCCAUUGCCAAGACCGAGACGGUGGUGGAAGAAGUGGCAGAGGAGCGCGUCGCUACAACCCCGACCAAAGCACCUGCGCUAAAGACAGCUUCGAUCCCGUCGCUGAUGGACUCUAUCAGACUACUCUCAACCCCUCGCAAACAGGUGUUUGCGUCGCCUCUCAAGCGUGCUGCUGCCGCAACUCCCCAGAGAUCCACCCCUCGGCAGUCCCCAAGCCCAAGAAAGACUUCUUCACCAAAGAAAUCGGCAUCUCCUCGCAAGCAGGUUCAGUUCGGUGUCAAUGAGGUGCAAGACCCUGUUGUGUCGGCUGAGGAGGAAGAGGAUGCCUCGGCGGUCGGUGGGGCUGAACCAGUGGCGCGCAUUAAGCUCCAGGAGUUCCUGGACAUGACAAACAUUCGCUUCAUGGAUCUUACCACUACCAAGCGAAGGCACACAGGCUAUCCUGGAGCUCAAAAUGCAUUUGGCAGGGGUACUAGCCUCAGCGCUGCCGAGAUUGAGGGCAAGGACGACUUGGAGACCUGCGUCGUGGCUGCCGCUUGCACAGAGCCGGAAUACCUCAUGUACCAACAUGCAUGCCAUGAGCUGAAAAAGUACAUCUCCGAGGGCAAGAACCUUGUUCGUCAGAUCGAAAACGAGGUCCACGAAGAGAAUCCAACCCUCUUCGGUGAGUACAUGUCGGCACCCGCCGAUCAGCGUCAGGUCAUGGACAUCCAAUUCAAAAAUAUGAAGACAAAUGCCCGCCUACGGACCAAGGAAGCUUGGUACGGGUGGCGGAGCAACCUGCUUCAUGACAUCAAGGCAGCUCUGGCGGAGACUUUGGACAGCUUCGAUCAGGAUGACGCGGCGUUCAAGGAGCAGGAGCAAAUCAUCGACACCGCUCUACCCGCGCUUCAGGAUCGUCACGCGCACCUCGAGUCAGAAUGCGGACAACUCCAGCGCCGCGCGGAGGAGCUGAAUGGUCCCGACCGCGAGGAGCUUGACGCCGCCAGGGAACGUAUCAUCGCGGCCGAAGCUGCCAUCGAGGAGAAGAAGCGCAAGGUGGAGGCGCUACAACAGCAGCUCGCUGAGAAAGAGGCCGGCAUCGAGGCCGCCAAGGAGCGCAAAGUAGAAUGCGCCGAGGAGACCAAGGCGGCAGAGCGCGUGCGCGAGGAGUGCCGCGGCUGGUCCGUCGACGAGGUCAACGCGCUCAAAGCCCGGGUAUCCGACCUGGAGAAGCAGCACGGCUGGCUCAUCACCUCCGCCAGCGCCUCAGCAGAGUCAAAGACGGUGACGAUGAGCUACCGCAACGACCUGCAGCUCUUCUUCCACCCCGCCGCCUUCGCGCCACACGCAUCCCCACCAUCCCCCCCUUCCUCCUCCGCAACCCCCAACGCCACCACCACCACCACCAGCUCCCCCAUCAGCCUCACCUACAUCGGCGACGCCCCCCUCUCCACCACCAAGCGCUUCUUCCUCCAGCUCCUCCGCGCCAACCUGCACGCCCUCCCCCAGCCCGCCACCCGCACCGCCCACCUCCUCGCCCACGUCGCCCGCGGCUGGGACGCGUGCCGCGCCGUCGCCGCCGACGUCCGCCGCCUCCGCCUCGCCCACGUCGUCGACGAGCGCAUCCUCGCCGACGAGCGCAUGGCCGUGUCCGCCGCCGUGCUCGUGCCGUCCGUCGCGUCCAAGGUCGCCGUCGUGUUUGAGAUUGCGGUCGCGAACGCGGAUGGCGGGGACGUGGCGAGGGGGCUGGAGGUGGAGGUGCGGGUGAGGGCGAAGGCGGUGUAUGGGGAGGCGUAUAAGGAGGGGAAGAUGGUGGAGUUUUUGCAGGAGAAGGUCGGGAGGGAGGUUGGUGUUUGUGGUGGGGGUGGUGAAGGGGGCGUGCCGAAGCCGAGGUGGGGGGAGGCGGUGGCGGAUUUGAGGGAGAGGUUGGCUGCGAGGGGGAGGAGGGGUGGGAGGUUGUGA